AUGAGUUUGGGCGCGGUAGGCCAGCGCCGGUCCUUUGACGGUCACCUGUGCACAAUUCGCUAUGUGGGCGGAGUCCAGGGCACAUCCGGCGACUGGCUGGGCGUCGAAUGGGACGACCCAACUCGAGGCAAGCAUUCAGGAGAGCAUAAAGGAGUUCGAUAUUUUACAUGCAAGAACAGCUACAGCGACACAGCGGGGUCUUUUGUUCGCCCCUCCAGGCCAUCAGAUCCCCCGCGGAGCUUCCUCGAGGGUAUUCAUGAAAAGUACGCUUCAGAGUUUGAGCAGCGACAUAAGGCAGAUGUCUCUUCGAAUGCAGGCCCCGGCUCCAAAUCUAUCCAAAUCAGCGGUAAAGUCGUCGAAGAGGUCGGCUUCGAUAAAAUCCGCAAGCAACUCGCCGAGCUAGAGGAGCUCCGCAUUGUGCUAUUAGACGGGCUCCGCAUUGCAGGUGUACUUUCUAGCUAUGAGCAGCCUGAAGAUCAGGUUCUGUCAGCAGCUUCAAAAAUCGCAACGACCUGCCCAAAGAUAAUUGAGUUGGAUCUUAGUCGGAAUCUUCUGAGCCGUUGGCGAGAUGCUUGGCAAAUUUGCAACCAGCUGAAAAGCCUGAAAAGGCUUCGUUUGAACGGCAACCGUUUCCAACCGUUAGAAGACGGCUUUGCCUUUGAAGGUGUCUCGGAGCUGCAUCUGGACGAGACUUUACUGUCAUGGGAAGAGAUCGCAGAGGCAUCAACUCGUUUCCCUGCACUCACCUCCCUCACAGCUUCCGCCAAUCAGCUUACCAGCAUUGCCUGUGCACCUACAUGUUCACUUGUUUCAUUGACUCUCGAAAACAAUGAGAUCACCUCAAUAUCAUCACUCCGUGAACUAUCCAAGCUACCGGAUCUGGAGCAUCUCUCCCUCCGCGGAAACAACAUCUUCGCCAUUAGCGAUGAUCCAACUGAAGAAACACUUGACUUCCAAUUCCCAGCGACUCUGCAGUCUCUCGACCUCUCCCGGAACAAUAUCUCAUCCUGGUCCUUCCUCAACAGGAUGCGCACCAUCUUCCCAGGCCUCAAGACCCUCCGUAUCUCCGGCAACCCCAUUUACGACCAAUCACCUCUCCCACCAUCCGUCGCAGCAGCCACAGCUUCUAUGAGCGCCGCGAAGCCCAUGACCGUCGACGAAGCAUUCAUGCUUACUCUAUCUCGCUUCCCGCCGAGCCUUCAGGUUCUCAACUACAGUAAGAUCUCACCCCAAGAUCGCUCCAAUGCGGAAAUGUAUUAUCUCUCCCUCAUCGGCAAGGAGCUCUCCGCCGCUUCGGAAGGAGAGCUCUCGCGAAUCAUAGCGACACAUCCCCGCUAUGGAGAGCUUUGUGAGAUCUACGGUGAGCCGGCGAUCACAAGAGCUCUUGUUAGCGAUGGAUCGGGCCAGAGGGCCGUCCAUCCGCGCUCCGUUGCGGCACGUCUAGUCAAGAUGGCGUUCCGAGUCUCUGAUGGUUCCGGCCCGGUGCGAGUGAAGGAAGUGCCGAACUCUUUCAAUACGUACCAAGUCAAAGCGAUUGCCGCCCGGACCUGUGAUCUCAAGCCAUUUUCAUUCAAGCUGGUCUGGGAGACGGACGAGUGGGAUCCGGUGGCGAAGCAGACUGUUGACGAGGCGGACUGGGCGGAUGAUAGCGAGGAUGAAAUGUCUCGAAAUGAACAAGACGCAUCAUUAGAACAGAGUAAUGCGAGUCGGUUUGUGAGGCGGGAGGUGGAGCUCGUGGACUCGUUGCGAGAUAUUGGAUAUCUGUUCCAGGGUGAGAUGGGCGAAGUGAAGAUCCGCGUGGACCGAUACUAG